AUGUCGAAUACAAAAGGGAGUUUCCGUAAAGAAAUUAAGAAGCUUGCAUCAGAGCGUAAGAAGCGUCGUGAAAGAAAUGAGAGGGAUUUAAAAAAGGAAUAUAAGGCGGCGGAUGUAACCGAGUGUGGACAUCCGUACAUAGGAUGUGUCGAUGAUAUUGGUCGCGGUAAACCUGAAGAAGCGGUGAGGAGACUAAGGGAAUAUGCUGAGUUAAGAAAUAGAAUAAUGUUGAUGACGGAGGAGGCGAUGGUUGAGACCAGAAGAGUUAUUAGGGAAGAGGUAAAACCGAAACCGUUGACGGUAAAACAGUUAAAAUUAAUAUUGGGAAAGGUUCGGAUCCAUUAUGAUUACAAUCCAAAGAGAUCACACCUUUUACAGUUGUAUAGGGAAAAAGUCGCAGAACCACCGCGGUCCGUUUCAGAGAUCGAAGUAAUGACGGCAAUAGAGAUGAAGAGAGAAUUAAGUCGGUUGGGAUUAGAUUUCUUAACGAACAUGAGUAAGCCAGUUUUAAAGAAAAUUCUUGUUGACAAUGCGGUACGGAAUAAGGAUUUAAAACUAAAACCGUUUGAAUGGAGUCAUCGUGUCAGUCGGAGUUGGUUUGCAAUAAGUCAAUGGUAUUUUACUCGGAAACUGACAACGGAACCAUUUACGAUAUGGGCAUUCGUAAAGGGAAAGGGUAGUGGGACUUGUUGUAUAUAUUACAGUAUGUAAAAAAAUAAAUUUUUUCAUCAACCAUAAAUAUAAAACACUAUAAAAAAUAUCUCCGGUCAGCGCGGAAUUUCCUUACGAAUCUGUAUACUCAUUUCUAUUUUUUUCCAUACUCAUUCGGAGUAUGGAAAAAUUUUUUCAUUAACGUCUCAUAGAGAAAUGUGUAUAUAAUAAAAUAGAAAUGUCUUUCCGUAAGGAAAUUAAAAAUCUCGCCUCGGAGCGUAAGAAGCGUCGCGAAUUAAAUGUGAAAAAUUUAAAGAAAAGUCUUGCGGAAGAAAAGUCGUGGUCGUAUAAUAUUGCGAGAGAAGAAGCUCGUCGUCGUGGUACGGAACGAAAAGAAAAAGCUAUGAAAAGAAGACGUGUUUCGGAAGAGAAAAGACGUGUUCGUAAAGAAAAAUUGGAUCAGAGAGAUUUGAACGAGACGGUUCAUCAACGGAAUCAAAGACUUCGUCGGAACGAAUUAGCGAGACAAAGACGUGCGAAAAAGAAAGAAGAAUUAGAGGCGGCUAGACUUUUGGCUGCUCAGGAUUUAACACCUAUUCUUCAGGAAACCGCAUCACGUGGAAUGGUUUCCAAGUAUGGGAUUACACCGACCGUAGCAUAUGAUCCUAUUCCAUUUUUGGAAACUGUUCGUGUGAAAGUACAAGAACUUUUAGAUGGUUUACGUGGGAACGAAUCUAGAUAUGUCAGGUUAGAAUUAAUUUGUCUGAUGGGAAAAGUAGAAGAGGGGAAGGCAUCAGAAAAAGACGUAUCAUUCGCAACGGGAAAUCAUAAACUUUAUGGGGUGGGUACGAUGACGGAUGAUCUUUGGGAAAAGAUGAAAGACAAAGUUUUAGAAGAAUUUUCGCGGUAUCAGAAGAAAGGAAGCAAUUGGACGUUGAAAAGAGUUCAGUAUUUGGAUAUUCACGUCGGAAAAUUUAUUCCGUUGAAAGGAAAAGGUUCUGAUAUUUCUCUUCCAGAAUUUAUAAGGGACAAACAUGCAUUGAUCAACAUGAAGGAUACAGACGAUCAAUGUUUUAAAUGGGCGGCGACCCGAUCAUUAAAUCCUGUGAAUAAAAAUUCGGAAAGAAUUACGAAAAAACUUCGUGAACAAGCCGACGAAUUAUAUUGGAAAGGAGUUGAAUUUCCGACUCCAGUCGAUGGAGAAUCUAUCGAAAAUUUCGAAUAACGGGGUAAAUGUCAAUGUUUUUUCGUGGGAUGAAGACGACGGAUUUCAUACGGUGAGAAUCAGUAAGUGUUUUUCAUCGGGAGAAACACGAACGAUCCGUCUUUUUCUCUGGGGUGAUCAUUAUUAUGUCAUUAAGAAUUUAUCAAAACUAAUUAGAUCUCAGAUGAGUUCCCACGAGCAUGCAAAAUAUUUUUGCGAUGCAUGUCUGCAUGGAUUUGGAAGAAAGGAUCUUUUAAAAGAACAUUUGGAAUGGUGUUUGAACGAAGAUCAACAGAUCGAUAAAUAUCCGGACGAAGGUUCCGUCUGUGAGUUUAGAGGGGGACAGAGGACUCAGACUCAUCCGUUUGUAAUUAGUGCCGAUACGGAAUCUUUUUUGAAAAAGACGAGAGAAAAUAUCGAAAGGAUUGAAAAGGAUAACAAUCCUAAAUUUUCCGGCACGGAACAAUUACAUAAACAUAUUAUGAAUUCUUAUUGUUUUCAUACGGUAUGUACGAAUGAAAAGAUCAUGAAGUCGGAGACGAUCCAGCGUACGUCAGUCCAUGAAUUACAAUGUAUAUCCGAUCGGUUUGUGAAUGAUCUUGUUGGAAGGGUACGUGACUUUUUCCGGAAGACACACGUUCCCGUUCCUAUGGAAGAGAUGUCUCGUAAUUUAAUAAAAAAUCACGAGUCAAAAACGCGUUGUUAUGUAUGCAAUUGUAAAUUUACGGAGAACAAUUAUAAGGUAAGAGAUCAUUGUCAUUUUACUGGAAAAUAUCGGGGUGCGGCUUGUAAUGAAUGUAAUUUAAAAAUGCAGGUUCCAUCAUUCGUCCCGGUUUAUUUCCAUAAUCUAGAAGGUUACGAUGCACAUUUAAUCAUUCGUGCACUUGCAAGGAUACCGGGUAGAUUUAAAUGUCUUUCCAAAACGGAACAAAAAUAUAUAUCUUUUUCAAAGAUGAUUUCUGUAGGACCGUUUGUGGACGAAAAAACCGGAGAUAAAUAUGGUAAGAUUGUUGAAAUUCGGUUUUUGGAUUCUUUUAAAAUGGCAUCGUCUUCGUUAGAUAAACUUGCGAACGGAUUAAAUAAGGAGACUGAUUUUAUAAGUCUGGAUCGGUAUUGUGAUAAGAUGGGAUAUAUGAAAGAACAACGAAAUUUAUUGAAACAGAAGGGAGUGUAUCCUUACGAAUGGAUGGACGGACAUGAUAAAUUCAACGCGAGACGUCUUCCUUCGAAAGAAAAAUUCUAUAGUGGAUUGAGAGGUGAAGAUAUUAGCGACGAAGAUUACGAACGUGCAAAAAAAGUAUGGAAAGUUUUUAAAAUGAAAAGUAUGUUGGAUUACCAUAAUUUGUAUUUAGUCACGGAUACGUUAAUAUUAUCCGACGUGAUUGAAAAUUUCCGAAAACAGAGUAGGGAGACGUACGGUUUAGAUCCUCCAUGGUAUUUUACGGCUCCGGGAUUAUCGUGGGAUGCCUGUUAAAAAAAGACGAGGAUCGUCUUACAACUCAUUACCGAUCCGGACAUGUAUGAAUUUAUCGAAAAAGGAAUUCGUGGUGGUGUGAGUACGGCAGUGAUGCGAUACGGAGCCGCCGAUAAUAAAUACAUUAGUAUUUCAGAUAUUCCAGAAGGUGUUACCGAAUUAAUGAAAGAUUUGAAUGUACGAAUUCAGAACGAUCCGACCGAGAUCGAAAAAAAAGUGUUGGAUUUUGAAAACAAACUCUGUGUGUUUUUAUGGGAUUACGAUCAGGAAGAGGAUGAUAAAAUUAUGACGUACGUGAGUAAAAAUUUAACGCGAUGGGUAACGGAGCUUCGUAAUCGGAAGACUGACGUUCCGUCCGUAUUCAUUCCGUAUUUGGAUGCAAAUAGUCUGUACGCUUACGCGAUGAGUCAACCUUUACCUUACGGAGAUUUCGAAUGGAUGGAGGAUUUUGAGAAUUGGGACCGUCUUCCAGGGGGAAAAGGUUGUUUUUUAAAAGUAGAUUUAAAAUAUCCAGAAAAACUUCAUGAUCUUCAUAGUGACUAUCCACUUGCUCCCGAAAGAAUAGUGACGGAAAGUGGCAUACCGAAAUUGGCACCGAAUUUAAAGGAUAAGAAGGAAUAUGUUGUUCAUGCGAAAAACUUAAAGCACGGGAUGGUAUUGGAGAAAAUUCACGAUGGAGUCAUGUUUUCAGAAAAACCAUGGAUGGCAGAAUAUAUUCACAUGAAUAUCGAACUUCGUAAAAAAGCCACGACAGAUUUUGGAAAAGAUUUUUAUAAAUUAAUGUGUAAUGCUAUUUUUGGAAAGACGAUGGAGAAUGUGAGGAACCGUGUCGACAUUCGUCUGGUGAAUAGCGAAAGACAUUGGAAUAAAUUAGCGAGAGAACAAGGCGACGAUCUUUUCGGAAGAUUUAGUUGCAUCUCAUAUGAAAAAGACCGAAGUCAAUUUAAACAAACCUAUUUAUGUCGGUGCUGCCAUCUUAGAUCUGAGUAAAAUACACAUGUAUAAAUUUUUCUACGAUUAUCUCAAACCGAAAUUUGGAGAGAAUGUGAGAUUAAUGUAUACGGAUACGGAUUCGUUCAUUUUACAUGUAAAAACCGAAGAUCUUUUUAAAGAUAUUUCAAAUGAUGUGGACGAAUGGUUCGAUACGAGUAGUUUUCCAAAAUCUCACCCAUCAGGAAUUCCAUGUGGGAGAAAUAAGAAAGUCUUAGGAAUGAUGAAAUUUGAAACGGCUGCAGAACAGAUUACCGAAUGUGUUAAUUUGCGAGCAAAAUUAUAUUCGAUCAAAAUGGACGGUGGUAAAGAAGAAAAGAAAGCCAAAGGGAUUAAAAAGGCGACGAUCAAAAAAACAUUAAAAUUUGUGGAUUAUAAAAAUUGUUAUCUGACGGGCAAGAAACAGUAUCGCGAAAUGGAUACGAUCCGUAGUCGGAAACAUAUUAUUCAUACGGAACGGAUAAGUAAAGUGGCAUUAUCUGCCGACGACGAUAAAAGAUAUAUUUUAGAAGAUGGAACUCAUACGCUACCUUUGGGUCAUAAAGAUAUUCCCGAAUAGAUCCUACAAGUACAUCCUGCGAACGUAUUGAGUAAGACUUGAAUUUACUGACGAAUAAAUUCAAGUAAAAUUUAAAUAUAUUCUGUCAUAUCCUGCGAGUACAAUUUGACAGGAGACCUAAGUAAAUUUGAAGAAUAUCCUAUACUAUCUUGUAAGUAAGACUUGGCAGUAAUCCAAGUAAAUUUCUAAGGCUGUCCUGUGGAAUCUUGUAAGUAAGACUGAAGUAAAUUUUAAAUAAAUUUUAAGUAAAUCCAGGUAUAUAAUAAAAUGACAGAACCAGCAAAGAAUCCGACUCUGACAGUCACAGAUCCCAUCCAAAUCAAAGUUAAACAUCCACGUAAAAUUGCGGCGGGAAAAAAAAUUGCGGCGGGAAAAAAAUUGGCGGCGAUUAGUCAACAGGCGAAAGCAGCGAAAAAAGCAAGAUUAGAAAUGGAACGACAACAACAGGAAGGUGUUGUCGGAGAGAUUUACGAAGAAGAAAAUAAAACAUCGAUGUUUUCGUUGAAUAAUAUAUGUGUGAUCUGUGGAUUAAGAAUUAGUCUUGGAUCCCUCUAUCUUACAUGGCGAAAUAGUUGUGCAUAGAAAGAAGAUGAUGAUGAAUUAAAAAGUUUUGCGAAAGAAGAAGUAGAAAAAAUACCUUUUGACGACUUGUUUGAUUGAGACGACUGCAAGGAAUUAUGGGAGUCAUCAAUGUCUUUUGGAAAAUUCCAUACGAAAUUAAAAGAUGAGUAUACAGAUUUACGGUAACUCAGCACUAAUAGGGAACAAGAAGAUUUCCGUCAUCGAGUCUGACGAAGGGACGAUCUAUUUUGCGGCGAAAGAGCUAGCACUUGCACUUGGAUAUAGAAACACCGUCGAUGCAGUUGCCAGGCAUACUGACGUAAGAUCCAGAACCGUAUUUAGAAAUAUAGUGCCAUCGGGAAACACGCUGGCAACUCAUAUACGACCCAAUGCAAUUCUUAUUACCGAACCAGGCGUAUACGGACUUGUGUUCGGAUCUAAAUUACCCACCGCCGAAGAAUUUAAGUGGUGGGUAUUCGAGGACGUUCUUCCAUCCAUCCGUGCGUUACCGGGUGUCUUGAAUAAGGUAAAAGAUAUUGAAGACGAUGAAUUACGACAGCUUGGAGGUACCAAACAAAUGGAAGCACGCUAUGAACUUGUUCGCAAAGGUAACAUUGUGAAAGAUCAGCGGAAAGUUGAAUCUGGUAGAAAAGGAGGAUUAGCUGCACAGGGAAAUAUUAGACAGUUUAAAAUAGAUUUACACGAAAAGGAAAUAGAAACCCUAGGACUUGAAGAGGAACGGGAUGGACUCGAACUCGAAAUAUACGAACUUGAAGGUAAACUGGAUGAACGGGACAAAAGGAUACGUGAGCUCGUAGAAGGGCAGGAUAAACGGGAUGAAAAAAUACGCAAGCUUGAAGACGAAAACGGAAGGCUCGAAGAGGAUACGGAAACCCUUGCGGAUAUAAUAGAAAAUAUAAACCGCGAAUUAGAAAAAUUAUGUCAGUCGUAAAAAAAAAUAAAUUAUUUUUUCAUAAAUAUUAGAUGUCUUUAUUACAAAUGUCCCAAACUAUUGGAAAUCUGUUAAAGUUGUAAAAAGCUUGGUGAGAUCCGACCAUGAUAUGGUUAUCACAUACCCCCGAAACAUAGUUAAAGCAACAAGGACAAAUUCCUAUUUCAGAGAUGUGAGACAACAUCAUCAAUUGAAUAUGCUUCGUGAACUUGAAUCUAUUGAUUGGAACACGAUAAUUAUGAAUAGCCAUAACCUAGAUGAGAUAACCCUAAAAUUUUAUGAAAUAAUAUGGCCAAAAUUCGAUAAGAGCUUCCCACUAAUUAAGGUCAGAACGUCAUCACACGACCCUCCGUUCAUGUCUCCUUUUGUGAACCACCUUCUGAAUCAAAGGAAAAGAGCCAUACAAAACGGAAAUACUGAAGCAAAUACACGAUUGCAAGAAAAAAUCAACAAGUUAAUUCGGGAAAAUCAAUUAAGUGCAGUCAAACAGGAGUUUGGCAACCAGAAAACUGGAUCGAAAAGUUGGUGGUCUAACGUAAAUAGCAUUACAUCGAGAAAAAAGAAACAUGAUGUAUCAGUAAGUGCUUCUCUUAACCCUACUGAAAUUAACAAAUAUUUUCAAAGUGUGAAUACAGACCCAAAUUAUACGACUCCCGAGCCUCUUCAAAUCUCCGAAGGAACAAGAAUUCCCUCGUUGUCAAUUCAUGAAGUUCAACAUCUUUUACGCAAUCAAAAACGCUCUUCAUCGGGUCCGGACAAUCUGCCAUAUUGGUUUUGGAAAUCGUUUGCUAUUGAAUUAGCUCCUAUUGUCACAGAAAUUUUUAACAUGUCACUAAAAACCAGCAAAGUACCUCAGAAAUGGAAAUCCGCUAAUUUAUUACCACUCCCUAAAGAAUCACCAUUAAAUUCGUGUAACCAGUUAAGACCAAUCUCUCUGACGGACAUCAUCAUGAGACUAUUCGAGAAGUGCGUGUAUAAAUCUGAAAUCGAACCUAUCACAAGAAAUAACAUUGGUCCUGACCAAUUUGCUUAUAAAAAGGGUCACAACUCGACUAUGGCUCUGAUUAAAUCCCAACAUCAAUGGCUAGAGUGGCUGGAUAAAAACGCUAAUUAUGUUAGAGUGCUGUCGUUCGAUUUCAGCAAAGCAUUUGACAGUGUGCCCCACGAUCUUUUGUUUGAAAAAGUUAAAAAGCUACCCAUUAAUCCGUAUGUGGUGAACUGGUUAAUUAGCUUUCUAGAAAAUAGAAUACAAAGAGGAAUGGUUGAUGGAAUGGUUACAGAAUAUUUAUAUAUUAAUCGUGGUGUCCCUCAAGGUACUGUUUUAGGCCCAGUUCUUUUCUCAAUAAUGGUUGAUGAUAUUAAAACUGCUGAUCCUAGUAAUGCGUUAGUCAAAUUUGCUGACGAUUUGACGUUAGGAGUGCCUGGCAACGAAAGUGGUGACACAUCUCGAUCUGAAGCUGCCUGUUUACAGGAUUGGGCGGAAGAGAAUAGAAUGCCCUUAAACUUGGAAAAAACGCACGAAAUAGUUGUUCACAGACACACCUCUGUAGUUUUGCCCGAGCUUAUCCCUUCAAUUAAGCGAAAAACAUGGCUAAAGCUUUUAGGAGUUACUCUACAAGAUAACCCGUGCAACUGGGAUUUGCACUUUGAAGAAAUGCUCAAAAAAGCAAGUGGACGAAUGUACAUUAUGAGAGUUUGCAAAUACUAUGGACUAUCAAUUAAACAAUUAGAUCUGCUGUUUGAUAGCCUAAUUAUGUCGAUAUUCACUUUUGCUAUUGAGCUGUGGGGUUGUGCAUACGACGGUAAAUAUUUGAACCAAAUAGAUAAAUUCAUUAAACGUGCACAUAAGAAUGGUUAUAUAUCAAAACGAACACACAUUAAAGAAAUACGUGAUAAGAGAGAUAAGAAACUGUGGAACAAAAUAACAUCAACUGAGGACAAUGCACUGCUUGAACUGCUGCCGGAAAAAAGAAGUAGGUUACUUAGGCCUAGGGGGCAUGAGUAUGAACUCCCCCUAGUGAGAACAGAAAGAUUCAAAAGGUCGUUCAUAAAUCGUUGUCUGUAUAACUUUGUUUAGACUUUAAUCUAUUUAGACUUUAAUCUAUUAAAAACUUUUUAAAACUUUUUACGCUUCUUAACUUACAAUUGUAAAUAUAACUAGAUCAAUUACCUUUCGAUUGUAAACUCAGACGGAUGUAUCUGAGUAUUUUAAUAAAGACUAUUAUUAUUAUUAUUAUUAUUAUUAUAAUAAAAAAAUGUCUAACACAACGAAAAAUGGAGUUAUUGGUGGUUUGUUCAGUGCCGCCUUACUGACCGCAAGUGCUGUCGGUGUUUCGUAUACUGUAGGAACUAUUGUGGAUGCUAUGAUGCUGGGAAAAAGUGUGAUGGAGUCAAGCCUUGUCGUCGCAGGAGGUACAUUUGUCAUAACGUAUUUAACAGGACUUAGGGCUGAAGUGACAUCUUUAGAAGACGAAAUAGACGAACUUGAAGGAGAGAAUGAGAAACUCACAGAAAAAUUAGAAUGGACAAGGGAGUAUACUGAUCGUAAAAAUGGAGUCCCAAUCCAGGAUAACCCUUCCGAAUAGGAAAAAAAAAAAUUCUCCUAAGAAAUAAAAGACUAUAAUGGAUACGAAAAAAGAAGUGAUCAACGACUUGUACGAUGCAGCCUUACUCACCACGGGAGUCGUCGGUGUUUCGUAUGCUGCAAAAACUAUCGUCGGGAAAAGUUUAGGGGCACCGAUGACAUUGGAAGGUGCGAUGAAAUUAAGUCUUGCCGUCGCGGGAAGUUCAUUUGCCGUGGCGUAUUUAAAAGAUAAAGGCUACGUUCCCAAAGUGAUUAAUAAAUGACAACCUCCAAUUUAAUCGUCGGUGGAUUAUUUAAUGCCGUUGCGUUUGCGGGAGCAGGAUUUUUAUUUUCGCAUUUAAAUCAAAAUGGAUACAAAGAAGAAAUCAAAAGACAUAAUCAUGCACUAGAAGAAUUAGCCGAAGCGAAAGAGAAAUUUUACGAAUCCGAAGUGAAAAGACGGAAUCAAGAAUUACGACGACGUCAAGAAAUUUUAGACGCGAAUCAUGAUAUCGAAGAGACGAAUAAAGCGUUAGACGCACUGAAAAAUUAUAGUCGUCAACAAGAUUUAUCGGCCUUGGAUCGAAAACCAAAAUUCAAAGAUUAUUAUCAACCGUCGGACGAGAUGCAAAAAUAUAUGUAUGUUACCGUAAGUGUCGUCGGUCUCGGUAGCGGAUAUGUACUGACGCGAAUUUUUUAAGUUGACGUAAAAAAAACUUAAAAAAUUAUGUGACGAGAAAACAUUUGAGAACCGUUGAUUUUUUUCGAACGGAUGAAUUUCCUGCCGUAUCGAUAUUUCUAAAUUUUAAUCCGUAGAUGGUAAUUUUUUUAUUGGCUAUGUAAAAGAAUGAGAAAGUCGUACGAACGAUACCGCCCGAUUGCGUUUCGGUAAACAUGGCGACAUUUCCCGUACUUCCGGCGUAAAAUCCAUACGUGGGAGAUUGCGUUUCCUGAUUGAUCCCGACACCACUUACUUUAAAAAUAAUGAAUUUUGCAUUUUUCUGAUCGGUUGUCGAAACGGUGGUGGUUCCGAGAAAUCCCGGUGGAUAGCCAGAAAGUUGUGUAAGAUCGUAUUGAACGGGUGGAUUUCUUCCGAUGUCGUUCAAGUCGAUCAGUUCGGUUUUAUUUUUUUGAAUUUCGGCCGUAUUUGUCUGUUGUUUUUCUUCGAGAUCUUUUACUUUUUCUUUGAGAUCGUCAUUCUCAAAGUAAUCAUAACCCAUAAGAAUACUCAUUAUUAUGCUUUAUUUCCAUAGAAAAUAAGCAGCUCCCAUCGAAAUAGCAGUAAUCAUUCCCAAGUUUAGGGUCUGUGGAUCCGUUGCAGGAUUCUCAUCCGAAUUUAUCGUAGGAUUUGUUGUGGGAUCCUUAUUUGAAUUUAUCGUAGGAUUUAUUGCUGGACUUACGGGAUUUACUGUAGGACUUUUCAUAGGAUUUAUUACAGGACUUUUCGCUGGAUUUUCGACAGGUUCUUCUGUAAAAUUUACUUUUUCAUUCUUUCCAAAACUCAUCCCAUUUUUUGCGAUCGUUAAAAUAUUAUUGUAGCCAGCCAAAGGUUUUUGUAAAAUUUUCAUAUCGGACGGUAUUAAAAUUAAUCCUGGCAUGAUGGCAAAAUUUAAGACGACGUGUGUAUCCGCGAUCGCCGUUCGCAUAUUUCGAAUGAUCGUCGUAAUAUCAUUCUGAACAAUACUAUCUUUCACGACUUUUCGAAAGACUUCUUGCGUCUGUAAACUUUUUGCACCUUGUCCUACAAUACUCCAUCGGGUUUUAGCCUGCGAUCCAAGAACGGCAUAGGUAUAAACUUCGAGAGAUUGUUGAAAGAGCCGUUGUCCUAAUUUCGUCAAUCCACGCGAUGUUUUCGGAAUGAAAAUUUUAUGAUCUUCCGCCACAUUUUUUGGACUUUUUCCCGUUAAGUAUUGGUACUCGAUGUACGUUCCACCGUACGGUGUUCGUACGUAAUGUUGAUUACGAAUUCUUUUUCGAGUAUCUGCAGGUAAUCCAUAAUACCACGUUCCCACAUUUGCAUGCGAGGAUACGGUUCGUCUUUCCCAUGUUUCGUGGACGGGUGUAUAUUUUUUCAAAAUGUAAAUAUCAUCUUCGGUCAGUAAAUGAUCGAGUAAUUUUGGAUUUUUCAUGAAUUUUUCCAUCUGAUAAUGAACGUGAAAUCUUACGGUUGAUGUGACUAAGUGAGAAUGAGAAAUGGAAUUAUUCAGGUGAUCUUCGGAAAUUCCAGAUUUAAAGGUGGCAACAUAACAUGCUGCCAAUGAACAAAAAUAAGAAUUUUUAUGAUAAUCAAAUGAAAUGAGAUUAAUAAAUUUUCCUGUUUCUUUGUAUUCAGGUAUCGUAAAUUCAAGAUUCACAGGAGAAGAGUCUGUUUCCGACACGUAA